CGUCACUACAGUGAAGGAUAUAUAAAACACAGCCACAGCAGGUUAGUCGUUGAUCAGGACUAAUUUUGUCUGACACUAGCACUCAGAGAUCAGUCAGGUGCAGUCAUGCUCCGUCCUGCCAGCGGACUCCAGAUCUUCGCCCUCCUGCUGCUGCUGAGCAGGAGCAGCUCAGCUGUUCACAACGACGCCACAGAGUCAGUCACUCAGCCUGUCCACGACACUCAAGACAAGCCGGCUAACGAAGACACAAACCAAGCUAGGAACGGCGGGAGACGGCUGACUGGCACUGUGCGUAAUGGCCCAGACCAGAGCCAGGUGGGCUGCAGGGAGCUGAGGUCCACAAAGUACAUCUCUGAUGGCCAGUGCACCAGCGUCAACCCCAUUAAGGAGCUGGUGUGUGCUGGAGAGUGUCUGCCGGCCCACCUGCUUCCCAACUGGAUUGGGGGUGGGGGUUACACUGGGAGGUACUGGAGCCGCCGCGACGCCCAGGAAUGGCGCUGUGUCAUUGACCGGACCAGGACCCAGCGGAUCCAGCUGCAGUGCCAAGACGGCAGCUCCAGGACCUACAAGAUUACUGUGGUAACCUCCUGCAAGUGCAAGCGCUACUCCAGACAGCAGAAUGACUCAGGACACAAGGACACAUCUGUCCACAGUGGUAAACAGAGGAAAAAUCAGAGGAAGGCUGGACGCCCUGAGGAGCGAGCCGGGGGGCAGUCUGACAAUUAAAACCCAUGUAAUCCUGCAGUUACAAAGGAAAUCUCCUAACAGCUACUUCUUUCUUCUUCAUGAAGUUCAUGGAUGAAUUAUAAGUGUGCAAAUAAUAACCACAUAUUUAAUAGCCAGGCUAGAUAGAAGUAAAAGUGAAUAGUGUGGCUCUGUCUCCAGAUUUAGAUUAUUGUGACACAGAAAACUGUUUUAAGAUUAGUCUGUGGCCCAAAGCACAGCUCAGUUAAAGCAAGAUACAUGUUUUACAACAUUUUUUUCCGCCACUUUGUACAGAGCCAGGCUAGCUGUUUUCCCUUGCUUCCCGUCUUUAUGCUAAGCUAGGCUAACCACAUCCUGACUCAUAAUGUUGAACUAUUCCUUUGAUAUGAACCAACUGUUAACUAGCCAGCAUGGUCCAUUAGUAAAGCAAGUGAUGAACAUUUUAUACAGUAUGUCCCAGUCAGAGAAAUCUGUCAUUCAGUACAGAAGAAGGACAUUGGUGUGUUUGUCUGAUAUCCCAAAAUAUAAGACCUGUUUUUGUAGCAUGCAACUAGUGGCCACUUCUAACAAUACCUCUCUAGUCUAUUAGAUUAACUUGCAUGUGUAGAAAUCUGACAAUGGUGGACACUUGAUCACAUGCUGUAGCUACAAAACAACCUGACAAUACAGUAUCUGAAUACAAAAUGGUCAGGUGUUUCACAGGGCUUUCACACCAAAUGCGCAAGUUUGACAUUGCUCCGAAAUAAAACAAACCUUAACCCUGAUUCUAAAUACAAUGCAUUGGAGUAAGUUAUUACGGUGACCAUUUUACUGUAGAGAAGAAUGGGGCAAAAAUUUAAUUGUGUGCUGUCUGUUUUAUCUGUGUAUGUUUUAUCUGAAUUUCAGUAGUUUUGUGAUUCUACUCUGAUUCCACCAGGACUUGGCUAGAAGACCUCUUGCACCCUCUGGGAUACCAGCGUCGACAAUAUUGUGAUUAUUUUAACCCUGUCUCCUAGAAAUUACGUUUAUAAUACUAAAUUGUUUUCCCAAUUACGUUGUGGUUGCAAACAUAAUCAGUGGCUAGAUUACAGUAUAUUUACAGGCAACGUAUUUUUGAGUGAAUGAAGAGCUAUGUUUAUGUUCCACACUGGAGGCUCUGCCACCUCACCUCUAGCUGCAACGUUUUCUCAGAAGCAGAUCUGAACAGCAGCAGCAUAAACAGGUAGAUCACCUGUACAUGUAAUUCAGUUUCCAUGCCAGAUACGUUAAUUAACAACAUUUCCUCAUUAUGUUAAUAGAAAACCUAAUUAUGUUUCCUUCAAAAACAUAGUAUAUAAAGAUCAUUUCUGGGGGCAGGGCUGGAUUAUUUACUUUUCGAUCUAGUUCUGUAGCAUCCCAGCUGCUCUUCAUUUUGCACACUACCUCGCUCGAACUAUUUACUCUUGCUCAUUUGGUCUGAAACUGCAGUCAGAGAUGCACAUCAAGCCACUGUUACUGUGGGCCUCCAACAUUGCCAUCAGGGGGUGUAUUACCUACAUGAGCCUCCACCACACACAAGGACUCACAAAGUACUGCCCAAAUACAGUAUGUAAUGUUAAUGGAGGUUCUUGUGGCAAUAAAGGCGCUAUGUAAUGUAGCAAUAUGCAACAGUUUAUCGUCAUAGUUUUGGUUUGUUGUGUCACAGAUGGCAGGUAGUUAAAUAAUAAUCCAUUACAUAAUUUAAAGCUUCAACAGACUUUCCAAGACAUGUAAAACAUAAUGUUACCAUAAUUCACAAAAGUUUCAAAUGUGAAGUUAGAUUGUGGUGUUCCUCAAGGUUCAAUCUCAGGUCCUACCCUUUUUAAUCGUUACAUGCUGCCACUUGGAAAUGUCAUCAGGAGGCACGGCAUACAUUUCCAUAGCUAUGCUGAUGACACACAGCUUUACUUUGCUGUGUCUCCUGAUGACUCAGGGCCAGUAGAUGCCCUUUUAAACUGUAUUUUAGAUAUCAAGUUAUGGAUGGCAGAGAUUUUUCUACAGCUCAAACAGGACAAAACUGAAGUCUUAAUUAUUGGUACUGAAGCUCAAAGAGACAAACGCAUUGCGAAACUGCAAGCACUUGCAUUAAAUCCCUGUCAACAAGUAAAAAACAAGGACCAGAAAGAGAGCACACAUUACACCAAUUUUACAGUCUCUGCACUAACUCCCUGUUUGCUUCAGAAUCGAUUUUAAAAUAUUUAUGUUGGUUUAUAAAGCUCUUAAUGGUCUUGGCCCUAUCUAUUUAUAAGAUUUGCUUUUAGCCUAUGAACCCUCUAGAACCCUCAGGUCUUCUGGAAGUGGCCUUUUAAUUAUCCCUAAAGUCAGGGGAAAAAAACCCACGGUGAGGCAUCCUUUUAUUACUGUGGUCCACAUCUCUGGAUCAAGCCCUACCUUUUUAGUCUGGCUUUUAAUAGAACUUUAACUAUUUAUUUAUUCAUUUUAAUCUGUUUUACUACAAUAUCAUUUGAUUAUUUUAGGUUUUUAUCUAUUUCUAGAUGGAGUUUUUAUCUAUUUUUGGAUGAAGACUUAUAUUGCUAUGAGUUUUAUCUAUUUCUAGAUGAAAGAUUUUAUUAUUUGGUCCUUUUGUCUAUUUCUGGAUAAGGAAUUUUAUUAUUAUGAGUUUUUAUCUAUUUCUAGAUGACAAUUUUGAUUAUUUUGAGUUUUUAUCAGUUCCUGUUGUAUUGAGUGCUGUUAUUGAGUCAUUUAGUCAUUUAUUGCUUUGUGUGUGGGUGGGGUUAAUUUUCUAUAGUUUUAUUGUGUCAGGCACUUUCUGCUACAUAUUGUUUGUAUGAAAAGUGCUAUACAAUAAAGUUUGAUUGAUUGAUUGAUUUAUAUAAUAGAGUGAUGCUUAGACAACCUAUAGCGUGAAUGUAAUGUACAAUAUGUGGGUAGUUUUAUGGGUUUUUUUCAGAGUGAAUAGUAUGUCAUUUAUUUUUGUACCAGAACAGUAGAAGUUCUUUUUUAUAUUUCUUGUCAUUGUCUGAAAUAAAUAGUUCAAUGAAAAUUGUUUACAAGGCUGUGUUUCUGACAUAAUGCUGUAGGCAUGCCAGACAGGCUCACUGCAAACAGGAACUUCCUAACAACAGACGCAUUAGUCAGUGAUGAAACUCUCUUUUCAACAAACGCCAAACUUUGUUUUAUUAAGGGGAUACCUUCACCUCCAGGCUAGUGGGGCUUGUUACAGCUGCAGCAACAUGUUAAGACACUUUAUUGUCUCAUUUAUCCGUUCAUUUUUUCACUCUGAAAGCUGUGGGCUAAUGUAGGUAGUGAAUAGAAUCACCUGCACUAGAUGACAACAGGAUGUUUAACUUGGGUUACCUGCAGACGAAAAAGAAUGGAUGUCCCUUUGUCAACAAUAUCCUGUACAACUUAAAGUCUAGGAAUGUUGAUUAGCAGGUGGGGGGGAAACAUAUAAUGACUUUGAACAGGAUUUGUAUGGUUGGUAGCAGAAACUAAUUGCUAAAGGUGACAAUAAAUACAUUUACCCCAAAA